UCCAGAACUAACACCGGACAGAUCCAAGCCUCACGACACUCCCUACGAGUUACCCAGGGGACUGGGCUGAGCUGAGCCUCCGCCUUCUAGCAAUAGUAGCACCGGCGUGCUCAGAAGGCGAAGAGAAGGGCUCGUAGCGGACAGAGAGACCGAACUAAGGGAGAAGAGGGAAAGCGCCACCAAUCCAUAGGUGGACCACCGCGGCCACCUCUUCGCCCUGCGACACCCGCGCGGAGGCGCUCCUGUGCUGUUGGUAUCAGUUUCCUACACAGCCUCUAACAGAACUGAUCACAAUGGUGCUAAAUAUCUCUGCAGAAGAGACCGAUAAAAAGCACCCCAUCGACUGUCCCUCUUUGGGAAGAAACAGCUACAUUUAUGUCAUGGUUCCAACUGUUUACAGUAUCAUCUUUGUCAUUGGUAUAUUUGGAAACAGCCUGGUUGUGAUUAUCAUCUACUUCUACAUGAAGAUGAAAACUGUGGCCAGCGUAUUUCUGCUUAAUUUAGCCCUGGCAGAUCUGUGUUUCCUAGUAACUCUACCAUUAUGGGCAGCUACAACAGCCAUGAAGUACCAUUGGCCUUUUGGAAACUGCUUGUGUAAGAUCGCUUCAGUUGCAGCAACCUUCAAUAUGUAUGCCAGUGUCUUUCUCUUGACGUGCCUCAGCGUAGAUCGUUACUUAACAAUAGUGCAUCCCAUGAAGGCCCGCCUUCAACGCACAAUGCUCGUUGCCCGGGUAACUUGCAUCAUCAUCUGGCUGUUGGCAGUCAUUGCCAGCUUACCUGUUGGAAUUCACCGCCGUGCAUAUGACCUUGAAAAUGAAAACAUCACAGUAUGUGCUUUUUGGUAUGGCACACGCAGGAAUUCAACCAACCCCAUAACCAUCAACAUUGGAUUAGGCCUAUCGAAAAAUAUUCUGGGCUUCUUCAUUCCUUUUGUGGUCAUUUUAAUAAGCUACAUAUUAAUCUGGAAAACUCUGAAAAAGGCUUACGAGUUUCAGAAGAAUAACGGCAGAGGUGAUGACAUCUUUAAGUUGAUUGUGGCAAUAGUUCUUUUUUUCUUUUUUUCUUGGAUUCCUCAUCAAAUAUUUACUUUUAUAGAUGUGCUGAUUCAGCUUGAUGUGAUUAAGAGCUGUGAUAUUGAAGAUAUUGUGGACACAGCUAUGCCCUUCACAAUCUGCUUAGCUUAUUUUAACAACUGCCUGAAUCCUGUCUUUUAUGGCUUUUGGGGAAAGAACUUUAGAAAAUACUUCCUUCAGCUACUCAAAUACAUCCCUCCAAAUGUCAGGCAUUCCAGUUUGUCAACAAAGAUGACUUCGCUUUCCUACCGACCCUCAGAAGACUUAAUCCGCACUAGCAGAAAAAAAGGAUCUCUAGUUGCUGAGUGAUAGUAUAGCAGCACAUUUUUUGCUGUUAGUUGCUCAAAGGAACAAUGUUCCUCUUCUGCAGUGUUGGGCCAUCUGAAAUACUUUAUCCUUGUGAAAACUGGGUAGUAGCUUCAUGUCACGUUGGACAAAGAAUGCAGGCACCAUGCCUUACCGUGUCGGAGCUUGGUGGGAAAUAAUGUGUGGUAGAACAUUUAAUCCAAACAUGUAGAAGAAUCUCUGAAAUUAUCUUUCAUUACCUUAUACAUCGGUGUUAUAUAGAAGACUUAUUUCAGAAUCCGGAAAGGAAAGAAAAGGAAAGGAGUAUUUCAAGAAAGUGAAAGAACUCCCUGUGUAAUUAUAAUCUAAUCCUCCUUGUGCUACAUUUCAUUACAUACACCCAUCUUCUACAGAGCCUGAGAAGUGCCAGAACUGAACUCAUGUAUAUCAGUAAUACCAAAAAGUUUUGAAAUAAGAGUAAAAGUGUAAUGCAAUGUAGAAUGAGUCCACAUUUAGACAAAAAAAAAUUCAUGUUCAAGUAACACUUGCUACAUAUAUAACUAAAUGUACCACGUUCCAAAUAUAGCACUGUUUCUAAAUGUAAUUGAACAAAAACUCUUGGCAAAAUAUAUCUGUGGAAAAUGUCUGUUUACUUUCACACAAUUUUAACUGCCUUUCAGAAGUACUUCACUACUAUUGUUUAUAUAGUACAGUUCCUUUCAAAUUGGGUGUUGAUUUAGAAAAGUUUUGAUAAUACAGCCUUUCCUAAAUUGGUACAUUCUAGUUGAUCCAGGUUACAACUAUAAUGACUACUGUACUGUCAGCUCAGUGCAAUGUAUCUGGAAGACACUUUAUAGGUCAUAACCUGAACCUUGACCUAUACUGCAUUCAGAAGCAAACUGGCAACCGAUUCAACUUGCAGAGCAGAGGUUCAACAUGCACCAGUCUUGCAGUUCAUAUAACUACCGAGACCAUCACAUUUUGCACCAGAUUCAGUUCUAGAUACUUAGAUUCAAGGAAGAGGGACGUCCCAGGGCAACUUGAUACACAAAAAACUUCUCACAGAUACUCAAAUUUGCAUGUAGGGAAUGUGCAUUUGGAAAUUCUGGGAGGUUGAACUCUAUAUAUCUUAAAAUUGCCAAGUUUGACAACCACUACAGCAAACCCACCCAAAUAUGGUGUGAUGCCAAAUAGGCAGUCAUCCACCAUCCCUAUUGACAUAGACACACACAUGUGCACCAAUAAAUAGGCAUGCUAUAUUAAUAUUCUAUAAUAUAUGAACAAGACAGUGCCAUUAAAGUAACAAAAAAAUGAACCAAAAAAAUACUCAGAGCCUGGGUGUCAAACUUGAUCAUGUCACAGGCUGGAUCAUGAUGUAUCAUGACUUCUUUUGCCUUUGCAGAGCUGGGGUGGGGAUGGCCUAUGCAUGAUGUAUCUGGCCCAAGGGGCCACCAGUAUAAUAGGCCUGGUCUAGGGCUAUGUCAGCAAUAAAAAGAAAGAGGUAUUAUACGGUAUAGAACCUCUGUUAGGAUCAGUAAGUAUUAAAAUCAAUUGCAAACUAAGAACAUGUGCUGUCUAUAUUCUUUUAGCAUCUAUUAUCAAUCCCAGAGCUCCUAAUCACUAUACCUCUAUGUAUAUAUUUCGGAUACUUUUAAAUCUGUAAAACUUAUUUUGUGCAAAAAAAUCAUGCAGCUAUAAUUUUACAUUAAUUAAAAAUACUCUUGAUCAUAGUGAGGAUUUAUAUCCAGUAUUUUAAUUCAGUAUCAGCUAAUGGUCAAAUAACUGCAAGCAAAGAAGACAAGAGAUUAAUAGUCAUAGCCACUGCUGGACUUAUCUCUGUCUUUUUAACAGAACAUAGGAUCGAUGUUUCAAAGGCUAUUUAAAACUUGCUAUCUUAGUCUUCAGGUGGCCUGUCCUGCAUUAUCAAACAGUCAAAGGAUAUGGAUUACUUGUUUAACAUUGCUUUAAUAGUAUAUUGCAACUUUCCUUUAUGAAAAAAUAUAUAUUCUGAUAACAUCUGCUUUGAAGAUAGUAGAACAGGGGUGUCAAACUCACGUCGUCAUGCUGGCGUCAUGUGAUGUAGUGGGACUUUUUUCCCCUUCGCUAAAUCGUGGCCAGCGUGUGACACAUCCAGCCCAUGGGGUAGGAGUUUGACAGCCCUGUAGUAGAAGGAUCCUUUAUUAACAUUUCUGUGGGUGCAAGACAUUUAAUUAAAACAUUACCUUAAGACCUUUAAUUAAAACAUUGUGUUCCUUCACCUGUUACGUUACUAACUCUUCACUAUUGGUGAUGUUGACUGGAGCUGUUAAGAGUGUAGAUUAGCAACAUAUUUCAUAAAAAGAUGCAUUACACUGCCAUAAGUCAUUAAGGGAUAAGUAGAAAAGGAGAAUUGUGUUGUCAAAAGCAUUCUCUUGCAUAAAGACUCUCCAAAAACGAAGGGCUCAAAUUACACGAGAAAAAGGUAGAAUAGUAUGUCCAGAUGUUCUGCUGGAAAGUCUGAAGAAAAAUAGGAUGCAUGCAUGCAUAGA